UCCACAAAAUUAGCUCACUUUUUAUCCCAAUAUCAUAUAACUCAUACUUUUGGUAUUCCUUACAAUAGUCAAGGGCAAGCUAUCAUUGAAAGAGCUAAUCAUACCUUGCAUGAAUAUCUUAAAAAAAUAAAAAAGGGGGAGAUGAAGGGUUAAUGUGGCCACAAUGGGGAAAGCGGAGAUGUGCCUGCAAACGGGACUCUCUGCCUAGGCUGAACGUGCUUGCAAACGAGAUGUUUUUCGCCAAGGAGACUGGACAUAGCCUUGAGUUUAAUGGUCCCUUGCAAAUAAGGGAACAUUCCCUUCUUGUGAUAAGGAGGAAGAAAGGGCUCUGGACAGACUCUGCAGUAAGCAGGAAUUUCACUCCCUUUUGCUGUACGAUAACAUUUAUGCACAUGCACUAUACUGAGAAGGCUUAGUCAUACAGUCUGGAAUUCUGCCCAGGGGGGCUAUAUAAAAGUAAACCGCAAGCUUGCUCGCUUGCGCAGUUCUUUUUCCUCUGGCUGGAGUUGUGUCUGUCUCUUGUGUGUGUGUCUUUGUGUCGCAGUCUCCAACAUAUGUGCUCAAGGAGCAGAGUCCAGAGGGAAGCUAAGUCCCAAGCCAGAGACUUAUGAAGAUGAAAUCUGAUCAAACUCAACCAUGUCCACAGUGGAAAUCAAAGGAGGGUCCAAAGAACUGAAGAUAUGUUAGUGAGAACUAUCACUACUUUAAGGCACAGAACUGGCUCAAACUGGCCUAAAUCAAAGAGAAUGUAUUGGCUAAUGUAACUACAAACUGCAAGGAUAAAUCAGUCAUGGUUUGAUCCAGGAACUCAAACAGUAUCACCAGCUAUGUUCUCUUUACUAUAGUCUAUGCUUAUGAACUUCACCUUCCCCUCUCUAGAUUUGACUUGUCUUUUCCCAUAGUCAAAUUCAUUAUAAUGAACUUACUUAAUUCUCAGCAGUCCCAGCAGAAAUCACACUGCAAUUUGAUGGCUCUGUUGGUUUUCUGAGUGGUGUAUCCAGUUGCUAAAACCAAGAACAUGGAAGGUUAUGACUGACCAGGCCCAAGUCCCAUGCCCUCCUUGGAGUGGAGGGUGGGGUCAACUCCAUCUGGUGCUUGGAUGGGCAUGAGGAAUGGAUGAGUUCUCCCUCACGUCAACACUUACUCUACUGUAGAAGACCAACUGAAGCCUGAGUCAAGGUCCUUGGAAGUGGCAAGAGAUGUCAAGGACCACUGGGCAAGUUGACCACUUGCCACUUAGGAAUAAAAAUUCCUUUGAAAGGGAUAGCCCAAGCUCUCAGGCUGGCCCCACCUGGUCCUCAGGAGGCUCUGCUCCUGACUGGCCAGUGGCUUUUAUAGGUCAAAAACCAAAGGACCUGCACAAAGUCUACUGCACAAAGGGCCCCAUGUUUUCCCUUAAGUUGCAUUUAGGUGAAUGUUCAAGCUGACAUGUGGGGCAGAGAGGAAUCCCACUGGAUGACUUCUUGGUCCAUUCACAGCAGGAAGACCAGCUUUGUUGGAGAGUUAGGAAUCACUCACUAACAGCACAUAGCUUUUAGUGAAUUGUCCCCUUGGAGACAGGUCUCUGAACUGACUGGUGGCCUUGGGCCUGUAUUGUGGCCUUGGUUCACCCCCAGCUCUGGAAAUAGGUGGAGGGGAGUGAGCUGACCUUCUGGAAAUUUGGGUGGUCAGCUCUUCAAUGGUAGGAUGGUGAGGAGUGAGUGAGCCACAGGAAGAUGGUGUCUAGUGAAGAUAGUGGGCUACCCUUUCACCCACUUCCACUAGGGUAUAGAAGAAUGCUGGGUGGGCUUAUUUCUGAGCCUGCUCCCUUCUGCAGGCUGUGGGAGAGAUGAAGCCCUUUCACCCACAAUGGUUGGUUUGAUCUGGGGACAUGAUACUCCUCUCUCCUUUAUGCUUCAUGGCUGUCCUUCCUGCAAGCUGUUCCUGAGGCUCAGGGAAUGGAAAAGGGGUAGGAAUGAAUGUUCACUGAAAGUCCUCUGCAUGCUAGGCUGCAUACAGGGCUGUUUAAAUUUGCCACCUCACGAUGAUGAAAAACAGCUAUGCUGGGUUGCUGCCUAGGCAUUUCAUGGUAUGACAGCUCUGCUUACAUCCAGAGUCUGGACAUUAUGAUAAAGACCCAUGCUUAGGAUUCCCACCACAAGUUCCUGCUUUUCCCUGGUCAUGUUUUAGAAUAACCAGUUUAGAGUUGAUCCUGUGAAAAGUUAGUUAGCUUCACCCCAACACCUUGGAAGAGGUGCUCGCUUGCGGUCCUGUUCUUCCUCUCCUGCUCACUCAUGACCUGGAACAGAGGACUGCCCUCCCUGCCCCUGCUCAUUGCACAACCCCCCCCCCUUUUCUGGGGUCUGUAAAUAAUAAAUAUUGUGACUUUACCUCCUUCAUGUGAGUGUAUUUAAGUUGUACUUUCAGUUGACAUGACCCCUAGGUGUUCACUUCCUCAGAGAGUUUGGAUGUGGGGGGAGCUCCCUGUUGACCCUGUGUGAGGGGCUGGUGCCCCCUCAUUCGGCAAGCCAUCCUCUUCACUCUUAAUACACCAGCUAUGCUGUCCUGCCCCACCCCACCCUUCACUAUGUGUACAUGUGAAUUCUACAAAGUGUGUACUCUUAAGCCCAUUUUACACAUAAGGAAACUGAGGCCCAGAGAUAUUAACAACACUCAUUUCCUGACCCUUUCUAGUCAGGCUCAAGGUGAGCUGAUUCAGUAGUUUACCCAAGGCCUUGUAAUUGGUGGGACACUGAGCAUAACAGCUCCGGUCAAACAGCAAACCCUUUCUGCCGAGCCCUGUAGCCCAUUAGCUCAUUUCUUCCCUAUCAUUCAGAAUUAAAAUGAGAGACAUGACUGAGUUACAUGACCUUAUGUGAGUCACUUCCCAUCCAGCGGGGUGUUAGCUACCCUCUGAUCUGAGGCAGAUUGAUAGUGUCAAGUCUUUUUGCCAUCAGCUUAAAAAAAAUUUUUUUUUUUUGCUUUCUUGACUUUAGCUUUCUCUAAGUCACAAUGGCUUUGGAAUAGGUAACCAUAGCCCCAUUUGGGAAUGGACAGCUGGCAUGCCCUGCUAACUCGGCUCAGGGAAGAUGGAGCCACUUUGGGAGUGUUUUUUCAUUCACAAAAGCCACUGAGAAAACCCCCCAGACCAUUUACAGAAAAGAGUACAUCCCCUUCCCAGGCCACAGACCUGACCAGAUCUCCAGGUGGUACAGCAAGAGGAGAGUUGAGGUCCCCCUACAAACUACGGACUCUACGAACAGUUGAAGCAGAAAUGGCUCCCACCACCAGAGGUCACCCUCAGAGAGAGCAUUUACACUUCCUCCUACCCCAGACCACCAGCAGGUGCCAUGUCCCAGAGGGAGCAUGCGAUUCCUGUGCCUCCCCCUCGCCUGCAGCCUGUCCCACACUUCUGAGACCUGUCGCCCCAUCACAGCACAGGUGGGGCCACCUGGAGACCCACCUGGAGGCCACCUGCCAGACAGCAGGCAGCUGCAGAUACACCCAGAGUUUUAAAUCAGGCUCACCCGAGGGGACUUUGAAAUCAUGAUCUGUGUUUUAUGGUUCCAGUCCUUCCUCUAAACCUACAGGUUCCUUUCUUUUUCAUCUCACAAAUAAAUCCUUUGACACAAGGUAUCAUAUGUGUGCAGAAGAAACACUUGUAUGUCAGGAGAAAUGGAAGGACCCCUGCUGCUGUUGCUGCUAAGUCACUUCAG